AUGAGAGCGACAAUGAGGAGGAAGCCGUUCUCUCGCCACUGGACAGCAAGAGGGAAGCCCAAGGAUGAUGGAAUGUCGGAAGAGGAGGAGGAAGCAGUGAGCCAGGAGCAAGACGAAGAGCUCUCCGAUGAUCUCGUUCCCUCGCAAGAGCCAGAGACUGACUCUUCUUCAUCCCCUGAUACAGUGAACUUCGACAUGGAUGAGGAGGAUGAGAGCUUGGGCUCAGGUGACGAAUUGAGCGAGUCUGAACUGAUCGAAGUGGAUGGAGGAGGAGGAGAAACUGGUCGACUGCCGUCGGGAUGGGAAGCCAUCGAAGUGAAUGGGAUCAGGUGCUUCAUCGCAAGCAACUCUUCAUUGCUUUACUCCAGCAAAGGAAAAGAAAUCGGACGACUGAACCUCGAGGAGAACGUAGUGGAAUGCGACGCUGAGCGACACGCUGACUCUCCUCUCCGACUCAAGAUGCCUGUCGAUCAUGGAACCUCAACAUCCGCUGCCCUGAAGGAGGCAGAUGAGAAGGAGCGAGAAGCUCCUGCGGUGGAUGCCCAAGCAUGGUUGGAGGUGGUGAACCGGAAGCGGAGGGAGAUCAUGAAGAAGAAAGGAGCGCUACCUAAGUCAGGUUUCAUCACGUUCAAGGACGAGGAGCUUCCGGGGUCUGACUUUCCCCUCCACGUCUUCAACAUCAGAAAGAAGCGGUGGGAGGGGAACUUUGCUGGAGGAAGAGAUAAGUUGAUGGAGCGAUACACCUCACAUUUCUUAGCGGAGCACGAUGCUAAAUGCGCUUCAUCCAAGAGAUGGACAGAUGGAGCACCGGGCAAAACAGACAGACCAGCAUCAAAUGCUUCAGCGAGCCAGAACCGAGUGGCAUCAAAUGCUACUGCAAGUGAGACGAGGAGGAAGAAAGGAAGACGUGGUGACGAAGAGUCAGUCGACAAGAUGCAGAUGGAGAAUGGAACAGUUGAAGCAGAACAACAGAAGAUCGAACUUCUUCCUGCUUGGAAGCAUCAACAACAGAAGAUCGAACUUCUUCCUGCUUGGAAGCAUCUUCUCCUCCAUCCGCACCUCCAUUAUGCCCUUUCUCGUCUAGGGUUUGUCACGCCUACAGAGAUUCAGAAUCGAUCAAUAUUGGCAGCCAUUGAAAUGAGGAGAGACGUCAUCGGUAUCGCUGAGACAGGAGCAGGAAAGACGCUCUCGGAGUUGUCCCUGCAAGUCUGUCAUCACUUGAACUCUGUACUUCAGCUCGCAGCUCAAGCCACUAACUUCUCCUCCUCCUCCAUUUCUUUUCCUAAGGCGAUCCCUGUGGUCGGGGGCCUGGCAGAAGUCAAGCAAGAAAGGCAGCUUUCUCGUCACCCAGCCAUUGUUGUGGGCACACCGGGAAGAUUGUGGGAGCUGCUGGAGUCGGACCAUGCGGUUCUGCGUCCUGCCAUGCUCAAGCUUCGCUUCAUAGUCCUGGACGAGGCUGACAGACUUGUUGAGUCCGGGCGGUUCCGAGAGCUUCGGCGACUGUUGGAUCUUCUUCCUCAAGCUCGACCGAUGAAGCUGUCGGGCAAGGGCAUCGCAAGCCCUGCCCCUCUUACUGAGCUGGAGAAGAGAUGCACUGAGUCAAGUAAGGGACUGGUGAGGUUGGUCGCCGAGCAAGAGGAGACUUCGGGAGAGGUGGUUGGAGACGAAGUUUCUCCUCCUCUUAGACAAGCCUUCCUCUUCUCCGCUACAUUCUCUCCACGUCAACCUCGCUACCUACUCAGGAGGGCGAAGGACUCGCAGGCAGCAGAGAGGGGAAAUGCCACUAAGAGGAAAAGGGUGAAGGAAGAAAUGGAGCUGCCAACGAGCUACUUCAACAUGUUCAAGGUGGCGAGGAGGAUCAUGAAGAUGUCAACCAAGCCGAUCCUGAUCAACGUGACAACCUCGAGGAUCGUCUCGUCGCGAGUCAAGGAGAUCGUCGUGAAGUGCAAGGAAGAGGAGAGAGAUCUCUUCAUCUACUUCUUCCUCCUCCACAACCCUGGUCGCACCAUCAUCUUCGUAAACCACAUCUCUCUAGUUCGACGUCUCGCCGCCAUCCUCGCAGCGCUCGAUCUCCCGGCCUUUCCCUUCCAUGCCUCCAUGCAGCAGCGGGCUCGCCUCAAGAUGAUGGAUCGCUUCAGCAGCAGCGGCGACUCGGGGGUGCUGGUGGCGACUGACGUGGCGGCCAGAGGCCUCGACGUCCCGCACGUGCGCCAUGUCAUCCACUUCGACCUGCCACUCUCUCGCUUCCUCUACACCCACAGGAGCGGCCGAGCGGCGCACCAUCCCUCGGCUCCUCGCGGCUACAGCGUCCUCCUGCUCCCUCGAGACGUGCGCGGGUCUCUCAAGAAGGUGCUCAACCUCACCGACGGGCUGCAUGGCGUCACCAGAGUCUCCGCCCACAGCGAGCAGUUCGCGCCCUUGCGCAAGCGCGUGCGAUGGGCGCAGAAGCUGGCGAAGCUGAAGGAGAGGAGGCAAAGGAAAAGCCGGUCGCAGAGCUGGACGGCGAAGAUGUCGCAGAGCCUGGAGGUGGGAGACGAAGCGGACGAGAAGGACGUGAAGGCCUUCGCGGCUGAGUCGAAGGAGAUCGAGCGACUGCAGGGCAUGCUGAAGACGCAUCCAAUCCUAACGCGCAACAUGACACAGAUAGCCAACAGUAAGCUCAUAGAGGAGCAGGUCGGAGCCCGAGGCCUUCGGACAGGGGCAGGAGCUCAUGGACUGUCGGUCUCGUCUGCUCCUCAUCGAGCCGCGAUCGUGGGAGGAAGGAGGCAGAUGCACAAACUCAACAAGUUCCUGGAGGUGAGCGACAAGACUUGA